CGGGAGGUUCGAUUACAGGAAGGGGGGUAUGUGUGUUUAUCUUCAGUGUCCGUUCAGAUAAUUCUAAAUAGUCUCCGCAGGAUUUUCACAGAGCCUACCGUUGAUGCCGCAAAGAAAAAGGAGAGCAAAUUUCAAAAAUACUAACGUGACGGCCGUUUACGAUCAUGAACAACAGCGUCGCCGUGUUUUCUAACCAAGGCAACCCGUUCCCAGCUCAGCCGAGGAAUAAGACGUAUUAUCACCCCUCCCAGCCCCAGACACUGACGUCGGAGCAGAAGCAGAUUGUCCUCAGUCCUGUUCGGCUCGGUUCGCUCCCUGCUCAUCUCUCUGAUGCUCUGAGCCCUCCUGACCUGAGCUUCCUGGGCCGGUCCCAGCUGCCCGAAUCCGAUUCCUCGGGACCCUUUGAUGAGUCCUGGCCAUCUUCGGAAGGAAGCUCAUCUAAGACCCCAGAGCGAGCCGAGAUCUCCAACACUGGGCGUGAUCGGCCCCAGAGGGACCCCACCUCUGCUGUGCCAGCCCCUGAGGAUUCUGUGAUUGCGAGGUACGUGGCUCGGUUUCGUAGCGGACGUCCCACCAGUCGCUUGGAAAGGUCUCCUCCGAAGGUAGACACCAAAGAAUUCUGGUGGCUGCAGAUGUCACCCGACAGCCCAGAUGCAGAGAGGCACCGCGCGGAGUCAGGAAUGAGGGCUAAAUCUGGAUUUUCUCCGCAGGAUCUGGAAAGGACUCCUCCCCAGCAGGAGGGGUCACUGAAUGAGUCAAGAUCAUAUUUGGAAGACGUGGACACUAUUCGGCUGCAGAAAAGAGCGGAGAAGCUCAUCCUGCAGAGCGAAUCUUCUCUUAGCAGCGUGGGGGCUGUGAGCUCUGACGGUUUGACCUCCUCGCCGUUGUCCUCCAUCUCUUAUCCGGAGUCCGACCGCAGCAGAGCAAAGCCGUCCGUAUCGUUCCAAGCUCCUAGUGCCCCCAUCCAGAGACCGGCAAUGCCCCAAGCAUCAGUAAGAGCCCACGCCACCUUGGCGCCAGAGGAUGAUAUUUUGUAUCAGUGGCGACUACGUCGGAAGAUGGAGCAAGCAAGGGAAGGGACGCUUCCUCUUCCCGCCCGUGGACGCACUCCCUCCCCUCCAGCACGCAUUCCCAGACAGGUACCCCAUGAGCCGUUCUGUAAUGUGUGAUUGCGUUAUUUGCAGUCAGAUCUGUUGACGUCUGCACAGGGCCCGCGGUGCGAGCCGGAUCGAGCAUCGCCCACCGGCCCAUUGGGCUUUCCAAUUAGCAGCCCAACCCUGGCUCCUCUCAGUACCCCUUCGGCUGUUCCUCCCCACCUGCACCUAACGUGUGAUAUCCUUCCCUGUAUUCACGGUCAGCACCCCUCUCCCUGUCCACAACAAACACCGCAAAAAGCUAGCGAGGCAGUUUCUGAAAAGAUCCAGACACCGGCCGACGAGCCCCUAAAGCCAGGACAACCGCAACUUCGUGUUCCGGAAGCUUCUGCCUUGGCUGCGCAUAACAGAGAGCAGAAACCGGUGGGGAAGCUGCAGCAAGAGACCUCAACGCAAACCGCUGGCAGAAAAGAUCUCAGGAGACCGGAGCGGCUAGAGGAAAGAAGAGGGAAGCCCAAGGCGCAGAGGGUCAAAAAAUCCGGUGGCGCAAGUGGGCAAGAAGUGGCAACGAGGCACGUGGAAGUAUCUCUCCCGGGGUCGCCGGUGCACCGCGUCAUGGGAGAGGUGAUCUCCGAGAGACUCUUCUCACCCCGAGAGCCUCCGAGUCGCAAGUCUGAGACCAGGAAGCCGGCGCGACCUACGGCGGAUCAUCCAAAGCCACCGGAGGCUCAGCUAGAACCUCUAGAAAUGGCCGCACAACUUCUAGAACAGGCAGAAGAUUCCGAUGGAACAGAGUUUGAAGAUGACCCCUUGCUUCAGGUUUUGCGUCAGCAGAGGGAAGUUCUACGAGUGAAGCUCCGGGAUGUGGAUUGCGCAAUCGCUGCGAUGGAGUCAGAGAGUCAAGCCGACCUAUCGGCAUCUGACUGAUACGCCACCCUUUAGCCCAGCGAUGGACAACUGUGGCCCUCACGGCCAGUUGUGGCCCCUGAAUGACACAUUUAUUUAUUACGAACUUGUACAGAAAUGUUUUGUGACUUUCAACUUAUUUAUAUAUAUAUUUUGAAUACAAAAAGGAUCUUUUCUGUUGGAUGUAAAUAAAAAACAG